AUGGAUAACCAGGGCGGAGCAGAGCUCUGCUUUCCACAACUCUUCAACACCUCCUGCAAAAAGCCUACAACCCCUCUAUCACAAGUUUUGUUCCAUUAUAUUGUUGUGUUCUCAGUGUCACUGCUAACUGCGGCUCUCAACCUCCUCGUCAUCAUCGCAGUCUCCCAUUUCAGACAGCUCCACACACCCACUAACAUCCUCCUCCUCUCUCUGGCUGUCUCAGACUUUCUCAUUGGUCUGUUGAUGAUGCCGGCAAAAAUCCUACGAGACACAGCUUGUUGGUUUCUUGGUCAGCUCACAUGUUUAAUAUAUAAUUAUAUAUGCUUCAUUAUUACCUCUGCCUCAGUGGGCAUUAUGGUGCUGAUAUCAGUCGACCGCUAUGUGGCUAUUUGUGACCCUCUGCAUUACCCCACCAGAAUCACUGAAAAAAGAGUGAAACUUUGCGUCUGUCUGUGUUGGCUCUGCUCUGUUUUUUACAACAUACUAUUUAUAAAGGACGACCUGCUUCAACGAGAGCAACAUACUUCCUGUUAUGGAGAAUGUGUAUUUGUCAUAGACUACAUUGUAGGAACCACUGACAUUGUUGUGACUUUUAUUGCUCCAGUUACUGUCAUUGUAAUUUUGUAUAUGAGAGUAUUUGUGGUGGCUGUGUCUCAGGCCCGUGCCAUGCGCUCUCAUGUUACAGCUGUCACACUGCAGCUCUCAGUGACUCUAACAGCAAAGAAAUCAGAGUUAAAAGCUGCCAGGACUCUGGGUGUUCUUGUUCUUGUGUUUCUAUUAUGUUUCUGCCCAUAUUACAUUGUUUCACUUUUUGGAUACAAGUUGCUCAACAGCUCGUCUGCAUCCAUUGUGAUCUAUCUGUAUUAUUUUAACUCCUGUCUAAAUCCUUUGAUUUAUGCUAUGUUCUACCCCUGGUUUAGAAAAGCUGUGAAGCUAAUUGUGACUCUACAAAUACUGCAGCCUGGCUCCUGUGAGGUCAACAUACUAUAG